ACUUGGACGUUGGAAUAAGAUAGUAAAACUCACAACAGAACUUUGAAGAACUUAGUCAGGAAAAGAAUCUCAAGCAUAGCUUUAAAAACAGAAAUUGCCCCGAGUACUAAGGAUGAGCAAUAAUGAAAUUAAAACAUAUUGUAAUAACAUUACACAAACUAUAUUGGAGAUUACAAAGAAGAGAUUAUUCAUAGAUUAUAAAGCUUGGAAAGAAUCAAAACAACACAUUUCUGGAAACAGAUUGUAUAAAUGCUGCAAAAGAGAAAAAUAUAUUUUCUCCCCACGCAACACAAGACCUUAAAGUCAAUUCUUGCUUUUCUUGCAAUAUUUUAUACCUUUUCAAUUCAUAGAAUUACUCAAGAAAACUACCUCAGUUGGUUGCUACUUUUUGUUGAUUCCUUUUACCAGACAUGACUAAGUUUCUUUUUCAUCAGUAGAUUUCUGGGCUCCUAUAUUCACUAGAGAUUGCAACUCCUGGAUUUCUCUUACACUAGAAUCCUAUUUCGAGCCAUAUGGGAGAUUCUGAAUUCCAGAACAAAAGAAUUUUGUAAUUUAAAAUUCGUGAUUGCUCAAUGGAAUCAUUUUAAUUGUUACUUCAUUUCUGUCGUUAUUUAAAACUUAAGUGGAGAGUUUUCUCAGGGAUAAGAAAACCACAAUCAAGGUCAUACAAAACUUUUAGAGGCAGUCAGUCUGCUAAGAAGGCUCCAGCAAGAGAAACAGGAUCUUCUGUUUCAACAAUCAUUACUUAAGAAAAAAUUAAGAAAAUGAAAUAAGUUUUGCAGAAUAACUGUGAAAUUUUUAUUCAUGAAAUAUGUACUUACACUUUGGGCCACGUGAUGUCACUCUUUGCCGCGAUGUUCUCUCUGAAUCCAGACAAAUACAGCCCUUUUCCCAUGGGAAGAGGCUCAAUUCUUUUUCACUCUCUCUGUGCUGAACGAUGGCGAACACAGCAGAAUGGGACUGACGAAAUCAGAUGAUUUCUUCUAAUUUGGAGGCAAUUUUCACUAAUUAGAAGAAGACUGAGUAUUUGAAAUGUUAUACUCAAGUCGAGGAGAUCCAGAGGGUCAGCCUCUACUGCUCUCGCUUCUGAUCCUCGCAAUGUGGGUGGUGGGGAGCGGCCAGCUCCACUACUCCGUCCCGGAGGAAGCCAAACACGGCACCUUCGUGGGCCGCAUCGCGCAGGACCUGGGGCUGGAGCUGGCGGAGCUGGUGCCGCGCCUGUUCCAGUUGGAUUCCAAAGGCCGCGGGGACCUUCUGGAGGUAAAUCUGCAGAAUGGCAUUUUGUUUGUGAAUUCUCGGAUCGACCGCGAGGAGCUGUGCGGGCGGAGCGCGGAGUGCAGCAUCCACCUGGAGGUGAUCGUGGACAGGCCGCUGCAGGUUUUCCAUGUGGACGUGGAGGUGAAGGACAUUAACGACAACCCUCCGGUGUUCCCAGCGACACAAAAGAAUCUGUUCAUCGCGGAAUCCAGGCCGCUUGACUCUCGGUUUCCACUAGAGGGCGCGUCCGAUGCAGAUAUCGGGGAGAACGCCCUGCUCACUUACAGACUGAGCCCCAAUGAGUAUUUCUUCCUGGACGUGCCAACCAGCAACCAGCAGGUAAAACCUCUUGGACUUGUAUUACGGAAACUUUUAGACAGAGAAGAAACUCCGGAGCUUCAUUUAUUGCUCACGGCCACCGAUGGAGGCAAACCCGAGCUGACUGGCACCGUUCAAUUACUCAUCACGGUACUGGACAACAAUGACAAUGCCCCAGUGUUCGACAGAACCCUGUAUACGGUGAAAUUACCAGAAAACGUUUCUAUCGGAACGCUGGUGAUUCACCCCAAUGCCUCAGAUUUAGACGAAGGCUUGAAUGGGGAUAUUAUUUACUCCUUCUCCAGUGAUGUUUCUCCAGACAUAAAAUCCAAGUUCCACAUGGACCCCUUAAGUGGGGCAAUCACAGUGAUAGGACAUAUGGAUUUUGAAGAAAGUAGAGCACACAAGAUCCCAGUAGAGGCUGUCGAUAAAGGCUUCCCGCCCCUGGCUGGUCAUUGUACAGUUCUUGUGGAAGUUGUGGAUGUAAAUGACAAUGCUCCACAGUUGACUAUCAAAACGCUCUCGGUUCCUGUAAAAGAGGACGCACAACUGGGGACAGUUAUUGCCCUGAUUAGUGUGACCGACCUAGACGCAGAUGCCAACGGGCAGGUUACCUGCUCCCUGACGCCCCACGUCCCCUUCAAGCUGGUGUCCACCUACAAGAAUUACUACUCGUUGGUGCUGGACAGAGCCCUGGACCGCGAGAGUGUGUCCGCCUACGAGCUGGUGGUUACCGCGCGGGACGGGGGCUCGCCUUCACUGUGGGCCACGGCCAGGGUGUCUGUGGAGGUGGCCGACGUGAACGACAACGCACCAGCGUUCGCGCAGCCCGAGUACACGGUGUUCGUGAAGGAGAACAACCCGCCGGGCUGCCACAUCUUCACGGUGUCUGCGCGGGACGCGGACGCGCAGGAGAACGCCCUGGUGUCCUACUCGCUGGUGGAGCGGCGGUUGGGCGAGCGCUCGCUGUCGAGCUACGUGUCGGUGCACGCGGAGAGCGGCAAGGUGUACGCGCUGCAGCCGUUGGACCACGAGGAGCUGGAGCUGCUACAGUUCCAGGUGAGCGCGCGCGACGCGGGCGUGCCGCCUCUGGGCAGCAACGUGACGCUGCAGGUGUUCGUGCUGGACGAGAACGACAAUGCGCCGGCGCUGCUGACACCUCGGAUGAGGGGCACUGACGGCGCAGUGAGCGAGAUGGUGCUGCGGUCGGUGGGCGCCGGCGUAGUGGUGGGGAAGGUGCUCGCAGUGGACGCCGACUCGGGCUACAACGCGUGGCUUUCAUACGAGCUGCAGCCAGAAACGGCCAGCGCGAGCAUCCCGUUCCGCGUGGGGCUGUACACGGGCGAGAUCAGCACAACGCGUGCCCUGGACGAAACGGACGCACCGCGCCAGCGCCUACUGGUGCUGGUGAAAGACCACGGGGAGCCAGCGCUGACGGCCACGGCCACUGUGCUGGUGUCGCUGGUGGAGAGCGGCCAGGCGCCAAAGUCAUCGUCGCGGGCGUCAGUGGGUGCCACGGGCCCCGAGGUGACGCUGGUGGAUGUCAACGUGUACCUGAUCAUCGCCAUCUGCGCGGUGUCUAGCCUGUUGGUUCUCACGCUGCUGCUGUACACUGUGCUGCGGUGCUCGGCGAUGCCCACCGAGGGCGAGUGCGCGCCUGGCAAGCCGACGCUGGUGUGUUCUAGCGCGGUGGGGAGUUGGUCGUACUCGCAGCAGAGGAGGCAGAGGGUGUGCUCUGGCGAGGGUCCGCAGAAGACCGACCUCAUGGCCUUCAGCCCGGGCCUUUCUCCUUGUGCUGGAUCUACAGAGCGAACGGGAGAACCCUCUGCUUCCUCAGAUUCAUCUGGGAAGCCACGACAGCCCAACCCUGACUGGCGUUACUCUGCCUCCCUGAGAGCAGGCAUGCACAGCUCUGUGCACCUAGAGGAGGCUGGCAUUCUACGGGCUGGUCCAGGAGGGCCUGAUCAGCAGUGGCCAACAGUAUCCAGUGCAACACCAGAACCAGAGGCAGGAGAAGUGUCCCCUCCAGUCGGUGCGGGUGUCAACAGCAACAGCUGGACCUUUAAAUACGGACCAGGCAACCCCAAACAAUCCGGUCCCGGUGAGUUGCCAGACAAAUUCAUUAUCCCAGGAUCUCCUGCAAUCAUCUCCAUCCGGCAGGAGCCUGCUAACAGCCAAAUUGACAAAAGUGACUUCAUAACCUUCGGCAAAAAGGAGGAGACCAAGAAAAAGAAGAAAAAGAAGAAGGGUAACAAGACCCAGGAGAAAAAAGAGAAAGGGAACAGCACGACUGACAACAGUGACCAGUGAGGUCCUCAAAUGGAAACAAGCCACUUAGCCAGUUUUUGUAAUAAUGGCAAAUCUCUCCCAUGUAGCAAUUCCCUGCUCCUUUUUCCUAUCUACAUGAGCCCUCUUAGAGACCUCAGAAAUCUGCAGAAAGUUCCCUGUGUCUGUCUAGAACGCAUUUAACAGGUUUUGUCGUAAAAGCUUUACUAAGUCUGGUGUUAACUCUUUCUCUCCACUCUGGCUUGUUUUCAGAACCUAAAAAGCAGACCCAAGUUUCCUUUCUCCUCCGCCGCAAAGGAGAGGCUUCCCAGCCCCGCCAGUGAGAGGUUGGACUCUCUGCCCUGUGCUCCGGGGAUCCUGUCUUGAUGACACUUGCAGGGCAGGCUGAAAAGUUUUGAGAUUGAGCAGCUUGGGUGUUUGUGGCCACUGGGUAUGUGUGGCUACCGCGGGUAUGCGAGUGCCAGAUAUUGGCUGAGACGAGCCAGCUUAGACUAAUUGGUACAAGGAAGGCAAGAAAACAAAGACAAAUAAACAGCGGAAGUUAUCAGUAUGGAGGGGAAGUGUAAACUUAAAGGGACCAGACUUUCUAAAUCUUACAACUCAAGAGGUGGCGGCCACCCUCUAGGAGACAAAACUACCCCCACUGACAAGGCUUUAGGAGACCCUAAAGUCUGUUGGCUGUGACGUCAUUAUACCUAAAAUCUGCAUCAUACCUGCAAGCCAACAGUUCAAUGUUUUAACAGAGAACCACCCUGGGAAACAGAAGCAGAUCUGAUGUGUUUCCUAUACAUGUCCUGUGCUCACUUUAUUAAAAAUUCUUUUGCACACAAUGUUUAUGAAAAGGCCAGAUCCUUUUCCAAUACUUAUGCAAAAGCAAAAGAAAACCCCGACACCUCACCUUUCGCUGUUUGUUGUUUCAUAGAUUUAUUUAAAAAAAAAGAGAAAGUCUAUAGCUAUAAAUCUUUAAAGAGAAAUAUGAAUACAAUUCCCCUACACUCUCCUCAAAAGAGAAUUCAGUCUACAGCCAUUUAAAUGAUCAUUGCUGCUACAGAAGUGCUUUAAGAGAAUUGCCUGAAACAUCUGUAUUAUAUCGGCCACCUGCCAAUCACAGCUUUACUCUUUCAGGUCACUCUGGGGCUGCCUCUUGCAUGUAUUACUAAAUAAAAUGAUCUCUCUUUCUCUCUCUCUCUCUUUUCUAAGAAACAAUUAUGUGCACUUUGAUACACAACCUUCUCUAACCAACUAUAUAUCAAGACCCAAAAAUGGAAGAAAAAUAUUGUUUUCUCAUACAGUGAGCAGAUUUUUCAAUCUACUAAUUCUGUGACUUGUCUUGGUGUGCUAGCCUACACCUUCUCUUUGGUUUAGUUUUCUUUUUCUAUAACACUCUGAAUUGCUAAUCUUACUAACACCUAUGAUGUUACCUGAAAUCAAUCUCCCAUAUGUAUGCUGUAUGCUAUGCUAAGACUCCUGAAAUAUACUUACUCUGUGCUUGUGUAUGUGAAUGUUAAUGCAACUAUUACCUAGAGUGAACUUUAAACUUUAUUGUUGAAUGUAAUUCCAUUAUAUUUCCUUUUGUACACCUGUGAAAAAGUGGAGUAGUGUUUUUUUAACCAUUGUUAAUCAGCUUUUGUGUAUGAAAGACACAGUAAAAUUUCUUUCUUAAAUCAAGAUACUGGUGAUUCAAGGAAUUUUAUUUAUGGUCCAGCCAAGAGCCAUCUCUUGCCAAGACUUCUGCUGGCAAGGGAAUGGGUAAAGCUGUUUUGUUCUAGUAACAAUUUUGGAAUGAAUACUGACAAUAUUCCAUGAGGGUGUGCAAGCACAAAUUUUACCAAUCUGACCUCUUUGAAGUUGCAGAAUGCUUUGAAAUUCUAAUGGUAUCUGAAAUAUCAGCUCAUAGAAAGUAACAAAAUUUGCUGUCACCUUAAAUAAGACAUUUUAAUUUUGUUAUAAUGUACAAUUUAGAAGUUUGAUUAAUUAUAUUAUCUAUUUAGGCAUUAAUAUAAAAGAGGUAGGAGUCUGUUAUUUAAAAAAAGCAUUAAAUUAAAAAAAAACUGUCAUGUCUACUUUUAGCUUCAUUCUCCCAUAUUUUGAAGGGUGUGUAACUUCAGCUCUGCAGGAUUGCAUGGGGUAAAACUUGUUGCCAACACAUGUGAACCAUUGCUACAUUGUAGGUUGUGAUCAUUUUGCCCCACUGAAGCCCAUGUAUCUGACCUUACGUGCCUUUUGAACUAGGAGAAUCGGGCUAAUUUAUUAAUGAUGAUAAUUAUAAUGUAUCUGUACAGCACUUUUUACAUUUGCGAAGUGCUUUCCAAUCCAUGUUAGUUACUAGUUAUUACAGCUGUAAGGAUAAAACACGUCAUGUGGAUUCAUUUUGAAUUGGUGCUAUUGGUAUUUCCUCUGUUAUUGCUAAUAAAUGAAAAUGGUGGUAUGAAAGA